GCUCUGGGAACAAAGUGACAUCUCUAGAAACCAAAAUGAACAAACAGCUGUUGGACCUGAAAACAUAUCAUUCCACCUUGCUCCUUCAUCUGAAGCACUUCUCAGGGGAUCUGCGCACCCUGUCUUGUCAGAUGGCGUUCUUCCGCAGCAACGGCACAGAGUGCUGCCCGGUUAACUGGCUGGAGCAUGGAGGCAGCUGCUACUGGUUCUCUCGCUCUGGGAAGACCUGGCCGGAGGCUGAGAAGUACUGCCGGCUGGAGAACGCCCACCUGGUGGUCAUCAACACCAGGGAGGAGCAGAAAUUCAUUACACAACACACGGAGCCCUUCCAUACCUGGAUAGGCCUCACUGACAGUGAUGGCACCUGGAGAUGGGUGGAUGGCACAGACCAUAGGCUUAACUACAGGAACUGGGCUCCCUUGCAGCCAGACGACUGGACGGGGCACGAGGUGGGUGGAACUGAGGACUGUGCGGAGAUGAGGCCGGAUGGCCGCUGGAACGACGACUUCUGCCUGCAGAUGUACCGCUGGGUGUGUGAGAUGAAGUUGAACAUCACGGGCUAG